GGGAGCAAGGAUGCAGUAGCAGGACAGGAAGAGAAGGAAAGAGGGAGGAGGCCUGCCCUGUCAUGACUUAGAGAGAAAGAACAGUGCAAAAGGAAGGUUGAAAGAAGAAAAAAGGGGAGUAACCCAUCUUCUCUGCCGCUGCGGCCAACCUCACUCCUUCCCUCCCUUCCUCCCUCCCGCCCUCUCUCUAUCAUUCUGUUUCUCUCUUCUUUCCCUUAAUCAUCUGUUUCUGUGGUUGCUGUGGAGAGGGAGGACACCUGCCGCUCCCUCCAUUCUGCCGCCGGGAGCUUCACAGACAGACAAGCCAACAUGUCCCGCCUGCCACUGCAGUGCCCAGCCGUCCCAUCCGAUGCACUCCAACUAGCGCAGUUGCAGAUGUCCCAUCACGACAACGCCAUUGCCGUCGUCCAAAUGCACAGCCUACCUGAAUAUUCCACUUGUAGACACGUGAGUGCAUUUCUUUAAGAGUAUGCAACUCCUUUACAUGGUUCAUGGAAGCCCAACCGCAUACAUCCCAGACUGCUGACAAGGUCAGAAUCAAGAACAUUUUCCUACUUUCAUCCGCAAUCCAGAGUCUCCUCAUGAUGGGCAUCAUGCUUAAAGUGACUGGUGGCUAAUGUUAUCUGAGUUAUUUGUGUUCACUGAACCUGCAUCGAGCAGUUGAAAAAAAAACAACAACAAAAAAAACAAACAACCAAAAAAAAAAAAAAGACAAAAAACAUGACUGAGGGAAUGGAGGAUUUCUCUGCAGCACCAGUUCCCCCUACUGGACUAGGCUCCCCGUCUGGCUCCACUGGUGAUACUGGACAAGUCCCAGAGGAGAAACCAAAGGAGAGAGAGGCAGCUGGAGAAAAUGGGCAGAAGGUUGCAGAGGUAACUGCAAAGGGAGGAGAUGAUGAUGAUGAUGAUGGCGGCGGUGGUGAUGAUGAUGGCGGUGCCGGUGGCGUCGGCAGUGAUGGGAACCAACCUGGAGCUGUAGGAGUUCUGGCUUUGCCAGGGACCUGCUGUGUGUGCAUACAGAUGGAACAGAUUGACAAUUGCCUGCACUCGGAGAAAAUUUGCAUUCUCCCCAUUCUGGCCUGCCUUCUUAGUUUAGCUCUGUGCACAGCCGGACUCAAAUGGGUAUUUGCGGAUAAGAUCUUUGAGUACGACCCGCCCAUUCAUUUGGACCCUAAACCCAUAGGGCAGGACCCUAUUAUCAUAUCAGCGGACCCCACACUAAGACUAACGAUGACAAUUCCUCAUUCAUCUCCGUCGGCCACCACCGCCACCAUAACCUUGGCACAUCCAGACAUUUUCAUGGAGGACAAGUCUACGCGGCGGUCAUACAUGCCGCCGCGGUGGAGCCCAUCUGAAUUGUCUGUCACAAUCAAAACCACCGCUGAACUUGCAACCGUCCCAAAGGAGACCCCACUGCCUUUGACAACACAGGAAGUGAAUGAUAUCUUCAUCCCAACUAUCUCUUCUACCAGCACCACCACUACAGCAAAGACCUCCAGUCAUGUGAUGCGUUGUAGUGACAGCCAGAAGAACUACUGUGUUAAUGGAGGGGAGUGCUUUACCCUUGAAAUCAUGCCGGGCAGUACAAAAUUCUUGUGCAGGUGUCCAAAUGAAUUUACAGGUGAUCGCUGCCAAAACUAUGUAAUGGCCAGCUUCUACAAAGCUGAGGAGCUGUAUCAGAAACGUAUCUUAACGAUAACAGGAAUCUGCAUUGCACUCCUAGUCGUGGGAAUCAUGUGUGUGGUCGCCUACUGCAAAACCAAGAAGCAGAGGAAGAAGCUCCAUGACCGUCUCAGGCAGAACCUGAGGACUAAGAGGACCAAGCUGGCAAAAUCACCCAGCCGACGUCAGGUUUCCAAUUUGCCCCUACAGGAUUUGCAGCAAACCAAACACUGUAAUGGGAUAACAAUCCAACAUGCAUCUGAGAAACAGACAGAAACAACAUUCUCCACGAGCCAAUAUGUCUUAUCAACACAACAACCUACCACACUCGCCAACAUCUCCAGUCAAAGGUAUCUUUCGGAUGAGAAAAUCCUGCCUCCUUUGUUUACGGUUUCCUGCACACCUCCUGCAACUCCAAACUCUCCUCCUUCAGAGACGUCAGCCACUCUUUCGAGCCAGGCCAUCUCGGUCCCCUCUGUGGCUUUGAGUCCCUCAGCUGAAGAGAAGCGCCCCCUACUCUUGUCAAAGGCAAAUCCCCCACCCAAGUCCUUAAACCAAGAUGAACUUAAGAGAACCUCUGCACAUUACAACCAUGGCCAAGAAGCAGAUAGCUUACCAGCUAGCCCGCUCUGUGCCAUGGAGAAUGAUAACUACCAAAUCACAGUCACUACGGCUGCUAACCAUAUGAUGUCAGCAUCCGCAGAGAAACUAGCGAACGCAAACAACAUUAUAAAUAACUACAGCAUCAAAGAACCAACAGUUAUCAAUGGUUAUGUGCGGUGUAAUAAAGAGUUCAGUACUGACAGCAUGUUGGCCAGUGAAUCAGACAAUCCAAAGGGGAAUCACACACCAUUUAUUUCUAUAGAGAACGAUAAAUCCCUGCUGAUCAGGGCUAAGGAUAGCAGUAGGACUACUGAGGCAUCAAUAAAUGGUGACCUGCAAGCCAUGUCAUCUAGUGCCCCCACCAAACAAGAAACAAGAACUGUGUAAGGGGGGGGGGGGUUGCUUGUUUGGAUUAAAAAAAAAAAAAUCAACCAAGAAAAAAACGUCACUAUUAACCUUUAUUUUAUGAUAAAAACAUU